AUGUUCUUCGCCCUCUUUUUCGUGUCAAAUCGCAUUUUUGAGAUUGUGCUUUUGAUACCCACGGUUGGUAUGUUAGCAUGGUUCGUGGACGGCUUUACCAACGCCAACGCUCUCACUCCCGCCUCGGUUCUCGUCCUGUUCAUCGUCUCGACUCUGGCCCUCGCCUGGGCUAUCUUCACCCUCUUUUCGUAUCAUCGGUCCUCGACGAAUGCGCGCUUCGUGUCCCUCCUUGAUGCCGCCUUCUUCGGUGCCUUCAUAGCCGCCGUCUAUCAGCUCCGUGGCAUCGCCAGCCAAGACUGUACCAGUGUCUCAGCUUCGCGCACGCAGUGGUCUCACAGCCUGGGUGACUUUACCAUUUCUGGUCCGGGUACCUCAAUCGACUGGCGCACCAACAAGCGAUGUGCCAUGCUCAAGGCUUGCUUCGCCUUUGGCAUCAUUCUCGUUGUUCUCUUCUUCAUCACUGCCAUCACCGCUUUCCUCCACGGCGACUCGGACGAAAUUGAGCACCGCAGCAGCCGCCGCCACCACAGCAGCCGUCACAGCCAGCGCCGCAACAGCCGCAGCCACUCGGGAUCGCGUCACAGCCACCACUCUCACAGGAGGGUGUAUGUCUAA